GUGUUCGGACUGGAGUCGGCCAUCAUCAGCCCAUCCCUGUCCUCGAGACUCCCCUCUUCCACCUCGUGCUCUUUCCCAAGGGCGAAUUCGCGGCGUCGCCCGCAGCAGCAGCAGCGGACGGCGGACCACGCCACCUCGGCGACACUGAGCGAGGGAGCGUUUCGGAUCCGGAUUCGACCAGAACCGACAUGGACGGCGGCGAGCACGAAGCGGAGUCCUCCUCCCAGCGCCGGGAGCGCCUCCUGGCCCUCCGCUCCGCCGCAAACGCGUCGCCGGCGGGGGAUCCUCCCCAGGCGCCCGCGGGGAGCCUCCUCCCGGACCCUGAACUCCCGGGGGACCAGGCCGCAUCCGUGUGCCCGCCCCCGCCCCAACGGUUCGACUACUACACCAACCCCGCCGCCGCCUUCACUUCCUCCUACUCCGGCGGCGCCACAAAUCCCACCUGGUCCCACAAGCGUAAGAGCCCUCCCGCCUGCUACGCCCCGCCUCCGCCGGCUUACGGGAACUAUGGCAGCAACUACCCUCCACGCCAGCAGCAUAUACCAUCACAAGUUCACUCUCCAUCCCUGAUGCCACAAGAUGCACCAGGGAACAGUCCAUGGCGAAGUCCUAUGCAGUUCCAGGAUCCAAUGUCAGGAUACCAAGGAGCUCCUCCUCGCGCUCCACCUUCUUGGGGCUCACAUUGUGGUCCUCGAGGCCGAGGUCCUUAUUCAAAUUCACCAAACUUUGGGUUCAGGCACCCGAAUCCUGGCCGAGGUGGUAGCCCAAUGAAUUAUGGACCAAGAGGUGGCCCAUACUCAUCUUAUGGACGUGGCAGGGAGCCCAACUACUUUGGCAACCCAGGUUCAAGGGGGAGAGGGGGGAGGGGUGGUGUCGGUUUCCAGAACCAUCCUGGCUGGCAAGGCCGGAGUUACUUCAACAAGUCAAUGCUUGAUGACCCUUGGUUGGACUUGCAACCUGCUGUUGGCAACAUACUCAUACCUAGGGCUGAGUAUGACUCCAACAAGUCCUGGCUUCCAGAAUCGCUGCGCAAAAGGAAGGAAACACCUGCUCAAGGCCAAAUUAAAACAACAUCAGGAUUGAGCCUAGCAGAAUACCUUGACCUGUCUUUCAAUGAGGUUUCUGAUAAAGAGAAGUAGCCUUUAUGUAUGCAUAGUUAGGACAACAGAUUGAUGUUGUUUUUGCUAUCAUUUGCAAUAGAUCUGUUCUCUCUGAAAUCAUGUGCUCCUUUAUCUUUGCUCCUCCCAUUGCCCUGUAUUGUGCGGAUAUGGCAAUUUUACAGUAUUUGUGCGUUCUAGCGAUCCUUUUUGUACCUUGACUCCUUGAAUUUAAGGAACUGAAUAACUGAUUAAUUGAUAGAGGAAGCAAAAUGCUUUAGCAGUA